CUUCUCCUUCCCCUUCCGUGUGCAUCCCGGCUUCCUCUAGCUCCGCCCUCGACGCCAACCCCACCAAUCCGCCGCCUCCAUGCCCUCCCCUUCCUCCCCGGCCUGAGAUUAGCUUCGCCGCCGCGCCCAAUCGCCCCGCCCUGCUGCUCCCCGCCGCCGAUUCCGUCCCCCGUCCACCGCCAUGGAUCGCAGCAGCAGCAGCAGCAGCAACAGCAACCCGCAUCUCGGGGUCAACAAGCUCGGCCGCAACAUCCGCAAGGCCACGCCACCGCCGCCGCAGCCGCAGCCGCCGUCACGCCCGCCGCAGCCGCAGCCGCAGGUCUACAACAUCAGCAAGAACCAGUUCCGCGACAUAGUCCAGCAGCUCACCGCGGGGACCCCCUCCCCGCCUCCGCCGCAGCCACAGCACCAGCACCACCCGCACCGCCCGCUGCCGCCGCAGCACCAGCAGCCCAAGCCCCCAUCCAUGCGCCUUCAGAAGAUCCGCCCGCCUCCCAUCUCCACCCCCGUCGCGCGGCCCCCUCCCGUCCACAACCACCAGAUCCCCAACCCUAACCACAACCCCGCCUUCCACCGCCCACCGCCGCCGCAGCCCAUGCCCAUGCCUAUGCCUGGUCCCCCCGUCUGGGCUGACUCACCGGUCACCGCCUACAUGCGCAUCCUCGAGAACUCCCUCUUCAGCGCCACCCCGCCAGGCGCCGCCGCCGCCGCUGCCGCUGCCGCCGCUGCUGCUACGGGACAACAGGCCCCUCCGCACCACCCUCAUCCCCCACCCCCGCCGCCGGUGCCGUCGCCAGGGAUACUCCCCUCGCCGAGCGGCUUUCUCAACCUGCUCUCGCCCACGCCCAGGUCGCCCUACCCGCUGCUAUCGCCGGGCUUCCAGCACCCGGGGCCACUCACGCCCAACUUCCCCGCGCUGUCGCCGCUGCCGGGCACUGGGAUCCUGGGUCCAGGGCCCAUGGCUCCGCCGUCGCCUGGCCUCUGGUUCCCGCAGUCGCCGUCAGGGCUGCUCUCGCCCUCCGGGUUCUUGCCAAUUCUGAGCCCAAGGUGGAGAGAGAUGUAGUGCACAUCGCUCGCCGCAGCGCAGCACAAAGCUCCCGUGAAGGCCACAGCCGGGUAACAUUUGACGCUAGGGUUGUAGCUACUGUGAGGUGAAUUGGUCGCUGCCCCGGAGAUGGGCGCAGGUGGGUUGCAGCUUCGGACACCACUAUUUGUUGCUCUCACUUACUGCUUGUGUGAUUAGUCAGUCAUUAUAUCAGUCAGUCUAUAAGGUGGUUGCUCAUAUAUUUGUAAUUGUAUAACUGGGAAAGUUUUUAAUUCAUUCACUUCUCUUAGCUGCAAAAACCUGGACAGCAAAAACUGGGCAUGUUGUAGUUUAGACUCUUGAGUGAUUAGGCUUGAAACAUGUAAUUGUAAAACUUUAGUUCAUUAAAGAUUAGCCCUUUCUCACUGUUAUUUUGCUUACGAGUGAUGUUUGGUUUACCUACUCUUGAGCAGAAUGUUUGCCCUACCUUUUUCUUUCCUAGGGGGAAGCUAACUUUUAGACAUCAGCUUGACAGGAGAUCAGCAACUCUGUCUUAUUUGUACCAACACCUAUCAGAUGAGAGUUGAGGUUUAGUACAUCAUUGUUAUCGCUAUCACUUUUUGAGCGCUUGCCAGAUAUACUCAUAUAUCUUUACAGUAAUAUGGAAUUAAUAUUCCUUAUCCCUAA